CCAAACAUCAAUCAUGGCGAACGACGAAUACGAUUUCCUUUUCAAGGUCGUGCUGAUCGGAGACUCUGGCGUCGGUAAAUCCAACCUGCUGAGUCGAUUCACCCGCAAUGAGUUCAACCUAGACUCCAAGUCCACCAUCGGCGUGGAGUUUGCGACCCGAAGCAUCCAGGUAGAUGCGAAGACGAUCAAGGCACAGAUCUGGGACACAGCUGGCCAAGAGCGGUAUCGCGCCAUCACAUCAGCCUACUACCGGGGCGCUGUGGGCGCUCUGCUGGUCUACGAUAUCAGCAAGCACCAGACGUAUGAGAACGUUACGCGAUGGUUGAAGGAGUUGCGGGACCAUGCCGACUCGAACAUCGUCAUCAUGUUAGUAGGAAACAAGAGCGAUUUGAGACAUCUGAGAGCGGUGCCUACAGAGGAAGCCAAGCAGUUUGCCAGCGAGAACAACCUUUCCUUUAUUGAAACUUCGGCCCUCGAUGCUAGCAACGUUGAGCUUGCCUUCCAGAACAUCCUCACAGAAAUCUACCGAAUCGUCUCCUUGAAAACCGUUGACAAUGACUCCGCACAAGCCAACAUUGGUGCUGGUACCAACAUUUCCCUUAGCAAUUCGGCAGACGAAAGUGCCGCCAAAGGUGGAAAGUGCUGUUAG